UCACGUUGGCGCAGGACACCGAACAGGACUACUACAUGCAUGUACACCGAGCCAGGUACAAGGACGAGGCAAGGAAGCAGAGGUUCAACCUACAGACCUUCAUGCUCAUUGGCUGCUACACGAUGCUGUUCGUAGUGGCCAUCAUCGUCGGGGUAGUGUUGUGUCAGCAGAACGGCUGGCUCGGCUUCGGACGCAGCAGUGACGACCAGGCUUCUAGUGAUGAGCUACGACCAACCAGGAGGACUCAAGCACAUCCUCCAUGCGAGUGACCUUGACAGCCCCACCCGAGGAGGGGGCGGGAACCGCAGGAAUCGCCCAGGUCCUACUAUAGACUAUGAUUAUCCUUUAGACCAACCACCCCGAAUCAACUCAGCCGGGUUCUUCCCGGGAUUCAAUGACCCUUCUGCCACUGUGCCGGACGGGCCCAAGGGAGGCGUUGAUCCCCUCCGCACGGUCAAUUUCAGGGUUCCCGGGGAGCAGGGCAAUGCAGGCAACGGUGGAAGCAACCUACGAAAUCGGGCAGGGACGGGGGUUGGUGGAAAUGGUGGAGGGCCGGGGGCAGGUGCCAAUGGGAACAGGGCACGAGGAGUGAAUGGGGAUUUUCUAGGAGGAGGCGAUGGUACAUUAGGGAGUAAUGGUAACUUAGGAGGUAAUGGCAACUUAGGAAGCAAUGGUAAUUCACCAGGUGGAGUCAACGGCAAUGGUAGGAGAAUACCCAAUGGUAAUAGAGGAAGAGCAGCCAACGGAAACUUCGCGGGAGACAGUGGAGUGACUCCUCCAGCGGGCAGUGGGCCAGGGGCAAACAAUGCAGGCAGUGGGAAAAGCAUCAAUUCAAGAGGCCGAAAUCCAAACUCAGGUACUUUUGGAGGCGAGAACGGCAAUGGAGGUCAGUCACUCAACAGGAAUCCCUUCGACACUUUCGGCACAAACAGAAACGGGGAAUUUGGAAUUGGCAGAGGCGCUUCUUCGGACGUCAGCAAUAGCAAUGCUUUUCCGGGUCUGUCGCAAAAUGGCCGCGGAAACUUCCAGAACCAACCGAAUGCUGCUAGUGGCAGUGGUAAUAACCAAAGAAACCUGGGAACAGGAGCUGGUCUCUUGAAUGACCCCAGUGUCAAUCCUUCAGGAGGUCAGAACACAGGAUUGGGUAAUGUUAAUGGGCCGGGAAGCAAUUUUGGCUCCAACUCUGGUGCUGGAGGAAAUGGCAACAGUCCAAACAGUGGCUUCACUUCCGGAGGUGGAAUUGGCAGCCAAGCAGGAAGUGGUAUUGGCAGUCAAGGUGGAGGUGAAAUUGGCAACCAAGGUGGAGGUGGAAUUGGCAACCAAGGUGGAGGUGGAAUUGGCAGCCAAGCAGGUGGAUUUGGCAACCAAGGUGGAGGUGGAAUUGGCAACCAAGCAGGUGGUGGACUUGGCAACCAAGCAGGAGGUGGACUUGGCAACCAAGCAGGAGGUGGAUUUGGCAACCAAGCAGGAGGUGGACUUGGCAACCAAGCAGGAGGUGGAUUUGGCAACCAAGCAGGUGGUGGACUUGGCAACCAAGCAGGAGGUGGACUUGGCAACCAAGCAGGAGGUGGAAUUGGCAACCAAGCAGGAGGUGGAUUUGGCAACCAAGCAGGUGGUGGAAUUGGCAACCAAGCAGGAGGUGGACUUGGCAACCAAGCAGGAGGUGGAAUUGGCAACCAAGCAGGAGGUGGAAUUGGCAACCAAGCAGGAGGUGGAAUUGGCAACCAAGCAGGAGGUGGAUUUGGCAACCAAGCAGGUGGUGGAAUUGGCAAUCAAGCAGGAGGUGGACUUGGCAACCAAGCAGGAGGUGGAAUUGGCAACCAAGCAGGAGGUGGAAUUGGCAACCAAGGUGGUGGUGGACUUGGCAACCAAGCAGGUGGUGGAAUUGGCAACCAAGGAGGAGGUGGAUUUGGCAACCAAGCAGGUAGUGGAAUUGGCAACCAAGGUGGAGGUGGAAUUGGCAACCAAGCAGGAGGUGGAUUUAGCAACCAAGCUGGUGGGAUUGGCAACCAAGCAGGAGGUGGAAUUGGCAACCAAGCAGGUAGUGCAAAUGGCAACCAAGCAGGAGGUGGACUUGUCAACCAAGCAGGAGGUGGAUUUGGCAACCAAGGUGGAGGUGGACUUGGCAACCUAGCAGGAGGUGGAAUUGGCAACCAAGCAGGAGGUGGAUUUGGCAACCAAGCAGGUAGUGGGAUUGGCAACCAAGCAGGAGGUGGAACUGGUAAUCUAGCUGGGGGAGGAUUCGGCAGUCAACCUGGAGGUGGAAUCGGCAACCUAAAUGGAGGUGGAUUCGGCAAUCAGCCUGGAGGUAGAUUCGGUAAUCUACCUGGAGGAGGAUUCGACAACCAACCUGGCAGUGGAAUUGGUGGUAACAUACCUGGCGGUGCAAUCGGCAAUCAAGCAGGUAGUGGGUUUGGUGGUGGAUUUGGUAGUCCAUCUGGAAUUGGACUUGGUAAUCAGCCUGGCAGUGGAGCUGGACGCUUAGGAAAUAACAACAAUUUCAAUUCAGGGUUAGACAGCAAUCUCAAUUCUCCUCUGGGCAGCCAGAACGUCGGAGGAAAUCGCGGGAACAUUCCUGGCUUCAAUAUCGGAAUCAACAAUCCCACAACAGGAUUCGGGAACACCAGAACUAAUGUGGGGAAUGCACAGGGGACAAAUGCUAAUGCGAACGCACAAGGAAACUUCCAUGGGGGCUCCGGAACAGGGACGAACAGUGGUGGGAAUUUUAACGCUGAUGGGACAGGAUUUAACACUGGAACAUCAGCCACAGGGAGUCAGAGCAGAGGUCAAGGGGAUGGAAAUUUUGAUCUCUCGGCAGGUAAUGGGGGGACUUUGAAUGGAGGUACGGGUGCGGGGGAGGGUAAUGGUGGAGGAAGCACUUUUGGUCCCACAGGUGGAAGGGCAAAUUCAAACACUGGUUUAGGUUCAGGGAGUAACUUUGGCAGCGGCCAUAGAGGCCUGAGUACAUUUAGUAAUAGUGGCGGGAUUCCAAAUUUUGGAACUGGCUUUGGGGCAACAGGUGGUACUAAUGGUAAUGCAGGCUCAGGGGGGAGAGGAAAUGGUGGAAAUAUAAAUGCAGGCACAGGUGGAAUUGGGAUCCACGAUGUUGGUACAGGUGGUAGAGCCAGGAUUGAAAUCCAUGGUGCAGGUGGUAGAGGAAACACUGCAAGUGGAAAUGGCAAUUUGGGGGCAGGUGGUGUAGGGAAUGCCGCAGGUGGAGGCCUAAACGCAGGUACAGGAACAAGAGGAAUUGUAACAGGAACAAGAGGGGGUGGGGCUGGAAUUCUCGACACGGGUGCAGGUAACAUCGGAGCUAGAAAUAGAAAUGGAGAUGUAGGUGGUGGAGAAAACCUUGGCAUUGGAAAUAUCGGUUCAGGCACAGGCACUAGAGGCACUAACCUCAACUCAGGCGGUGGGAACUUUGGUGGAAACCUGAAUACAGGAACUGGUGGAGCAGGCAACGGUGGAGGUGGUGGUUUCAGCCAAGGUGGUGGCACAGGUAAUAGAGGACUUGGGAGUUUCAGCUCAGGUGUAAGUAGGACAGGAAAUAGUGACAGUGGAGGAUUUGAUGCAGGUGCAAUUGGAGCAGGAAAUGGUGGAAGUAGUAGCUUCAAUGCAGGUAGUGGUGGAGCAGGAAAUGGUGGAAGUAGUAGCUUCAAUGGAGGUAGUGGUGGAGCAGGAAAUAUCAGAGGGAGUAGUUUUAACACUGGAGGAGUCCCAAAUUCAGCAGUUGGAAUCAGCAAUGGUGAUACAGGAGGAACAAAUAGAGGGGUGAACCACAAUAAUGGGCGUUCAAAUACAGGAACCGCCAACACCGGUACUGGUAGUCAAACUCCAAGUGGAGGCAGGAAUUCCAAUCUGGCUUCUGGCUCCGGAGUCCCAAGCACUGGCAGUCAGGGGAAUGGCAAUGGAAAUGGCAAUCAGCACCAAGGGAUAAGAAACCUUGGAAAUGGUAACAGAAGGAUGAGGAAUGACAAUAGCAAUGUACCACUAGAUACCAUUGGGACCGACACACAGAUUGUACUCACAGGAGGUACAAAUCGAAAUGGAAGAGUCAGUCCCACCCAGAAUGCUCAGGCAGGAACUACUGGAGGGGUCAGUGCGCCGGGACUGCAGAGCAAUAGUGGUUCAGCAGAACCAAAACCAGUGGGUCACAAUUGGAGUAAUCAGUCAAAAGAGAGAGCAGGAGGCACGAGCCACGAUGCCGGAAAGGGGAUCCACCACAGUAGCAUAGGUCGGGCAGGCACUGCGGCGGGGAGCUCUCAGGAGGGCCGGCAGUAUGUGAAAUCACCGCCUGGUUCUGCCCUCAAGAAACCUGAUGAAUUCUCCACACACCCCCCUGCGGAAGGCGGAGUUACUCCCCUUAAAGUAAUGCGCGGGUUCUCGGUGCAGCGCGGGGAGGUGGUGGCUCUGAGCACCGUCAAGGGCGGCGACAAGGACCUCUCUGUUCUUCAGCCUGACCACGACGUCAUCUUCCACAUCACUCCGAGCGCCCCAGACGCAGGGAUCUCGCUUGUCGGACGCCCUGGCACCAAAGCCCCGGGCGCGACGGGGACGGCAACAGCAACCGCGACGGCGAAGGCAUCGACAACCCCCACGCGGAGAACGGUGCCCAUGGUAAUGGAGAGGCAGAACAGCCCAAGAAGAACGCGCGAGAGGGUGAAGAUAAGGCCUCACACGGGAGAGCGUUCGCCUGUAGUCCGCCGGUGGGAGCACAUGGACCACGAAGGGACCUUAUCGAGAGGCCUCGUCAGGAAGGACGGGUCUUUUGCCUUCACCAACUGCCGUCCCUCUGAGGUGUGCGAUCUAGCUGAUGGAGGGUGAGGGGCCGCCCCUGGGUCACUUUACGGUCAGUAGAGAGUAAAUUGCAGCCCCAAGUCUUAGCUACACACUAAUUCGCCUCGACGCCGAAGAAUUCAACUUGGUGCGACCGGGUGCUUCUCACGCAUGGCGUAACGAUAAAAGCGGAACACGUCGCCUCUGGUGCUACGAGAACUGACAGUGUCCCCGUUAGCCGGCAAAAUCUGUCAUAUCACGACUUAGUCGUAGCUAUCCGAGUGAGUGCUAAAUUCCAGAUUAUGUUCACUAGGUUAGGAUAAAAAUACUAAAAAAAGGAAUACUAAUUAAGUAACAAUGCAGACGUCAAGAAAUACGCCCCCGAGAGAAUGAUAGCCUCCGAAUUAUGAGUGAAAAUCUCAGAAAAUAAAUAAAAGAUACUUAUCUCUAAGCAGACUACCUCCUCUUUACUCCCUCACAUUCUGACGUCAUCAGAUACGUCAACAUUACGUGAGGAAGCAAAAGGUUCAGGAGACCGGAUCAACGUGCCAAUGUGAGCGUUACAUUCAACGUCGUCGAGGAGUUGGGUCUUCCCGAAGUAUUAUUAGUGUAUAAGAUCAUGUCUUCACACGUAAUGUCAAUAGUCACUUUUGUUCCAUAUAUAUUUAUUCAUUUCGAUAUUUCAGUUUCUUUCCGACUUUCUUCUUAGAAACUGUGUUUGUUAGUUUACGCAGUGUGUGUAUGUGCACAUGCGAUCGUGUGUAGACUGUGUGCGUGACUGUUGGUAUGCGCGCGCGUGUGUGUAUAUAUAAUAUGAAAAAGCAUUUAAGACUUCCCAGUCUAAUAUUUUUAUUGUUUAUAGUUAUUAAUAAAGUGUGAUUGCAAUAAUCUAUGCAUUAUUAUCAGUUUUAGAAACAUUGUUGUAAUAUAUUGUUUUAUUCCCCGUAACAGUUUAUAUGUAACUUAUAUUAACAACCAUUUUUUUUGUGUGUGUAAAUUUUGUGUAUAUUCUGUAAAAUGUGGAAGGGUGCGGGCCCCCUUGGCCGUGCUGAGCGCGUGUAAUUAUAACUCGUUGUAAUAAACUAGUCGAUUGUAA